CGCGUUGAGGAUGCUGGAACUGGUGGUGCCCCAGCACGUGGUCCGUGGUCAAAAUAUCAGAUUGGAGUGUAACUUCAACCUGGACGGUGAAACAUUGUACUCGGUGAAAUGGUACAAAGACGGAAACGAGUUCUAUCGAUAUGCACCGCAAGACAGACCACCUGUGCUCGUCUUUCAACUGCCAGGUGUCACGGCGAACAUUCACAAUUCGACCGAGAGAUCGGUCGUUCUCUAUUCCGUGAACCUAAUGAGCACCGGAAGAUACAGAUGCGAGGUGUCAGCCGAGGCGCCGUUCUUCCAAACGGUCUCCGAUCACUCAGACAUGCUGGUAGUGGCCCUACCGGAAGACGGACCCGUUAUCACCGGUAGACCAGGGAGACAUCGUUAUCAGGUCGGUGACGUGGUGCGGUUCAAUUGCACUUCGGCGAAAUCGAAACCAGCUGCCAUGCUCAGCUGGUUCAUCAACGGGGAUCCUGUCGACACGCAAUACUUGAGAGGGCCCCACAUCACCGAGGUGGAUCGCGAGGGUCUGGAAACGGCUGUGCUAGGUCUGGAGUUCCGUCUGCGUACGAAGCACUUCAAAAGGGGGGACCUGAAGAUCAAAUGCCUGGCAACGAUAGCGACCGUAUAUUGGAAAUCGAACGAGCUCAGCAUAGAGGGUGAAAGGCCCCUCAAGAUGCCGGUCAUGGAAAGCAGAGAGACAAGGGCGCAAGGCCACACGCACGCGGAACAUAUCUUAGGAGAAAGCGGGAGCAGCACAUUGGCACCAUGCAUUCUGCUGCUGAUAACUAGUUUAUUGAUUCUACGAUAAGAAGAAGGACACAACGUGAUGCCGCGUCCUUUUCGUGCUCAUCCUUUUCAGGCCUCCAAACCGAAUCUUGUGGAGACCCCUGUGUACUAAAUUAUCCGUGUUGUUUCUAUUUUUUAUAAUCGCAGUUAGUGGAGUUAGCGAGGACAUAGGCAAGAAAAUAUACUUAACAGAGAUAUACGUCACUAUGUUAGAGUGUUAGAAUAUGGGUGGACGAGUAAAUUCGUACUUAAUCAGUUCAUAGAUUC